AUGGCUCCUAUUGGUUAUAAUCACCGGGGAAUCGAUGACACGGCUCGGAUAAUCAUGUCGUUGAAGUCUGGUAUCGAUUCAGAGAUCAAAUGGGCGCUUUCGACUUUGACUCGUGUUUCCUUACACCCUACUUUCAGUCUAGAAGCCAUUCCCUACUUUGGCCACGAAUUGAUUAAAUACUUCAUAAAGCCAUACCAGUUGAUUUUAGAGAAGAAGCCUCAUAAGGUCAGCGAUGAAAUCAUGGCCAUGAGUUUGGACUCGUUGCUUACCUUGCGUAAUCUGGCACAAGACUUGCCCAACCAGCAAUGGUUAGCACAAGUGAAACCGCUUAAAAAGUCUCUUGUGGAAGUGCUGAAGUUUUUGUUUAACUGGUUUUAUCAUGAUGAUGUUCAGUCAUACCAUUUGAUUCGUUUAGACAACCAGUUCAAGGAAGCGUUGACGUAUUUGGUGGACUUGUUGGAACCGUUAUCCUGCUACUAUAUCGACAAUUCCAAGCACGAUCCAUUGUUCAAUACCUUGUUAUCAGCUGCUGUUUUAACCAGAGACAAGACUCAGCUUAUCAGCCUCUUGAAGUGUUUAUCACAUUUGUUGAUUAUCAGAGACAGAGCUUUUGUGCAAGAUCUGAACGGAAAUCUGGAACAGGAAGAGUCCCGUGAAGAUGAGAGAAAAAUGAUAAACUGCAUCGAUGCAAUUACAGAGUCUCAACUAGAACAUAUUGUAAAUCAGUUACUUAUAAAUGACGGCGAGUUGAACUAUGCCGUAUUGGAAUUCCUCAAGCUGUACCUCUUCUCUGAAGCCACAACAGCUGAGUCUCCCAACUCUAUUAGAGACUCACAAUCACGUAGAUUGCAACGUUUACUUCAGUUGAACUCGUCCAAAUCUGGUUUCAACACUUUGGUCAAACAGUUGCCACUUUUGAUCGUUUCCAACUUGCCGUUAAACGAUCCUACAAACGUAAAGUCUAUUGCACAGCUCAACUUGACGAAAAGAUCGCAGUUCUCUGGAGUUCCCUCUUCUUUACCACAGCUCACAGAAGACUUGUACAGUCUCAUCGUUCGUUUCCCCGAACCCUUGAGAGCCACCACCUGGUUGCGUUGCUGCUACGAGCCCUAUGCACACAACAACCUCAUCAGUACCGCCGGCACCGACGCUACAACAGACGUAAUUCCUGGCGAAGUGACUCAAAUUUCGUUGUGGAAAGCAUAUGAAAACCAGUUCCAGGAAAUCUGGGAUCCAUCCAAUGGUGAAAGUAAUCCAGAUUUGAAGCCAUUGUUGCCAGCUGUAGACUUCAUCAAGAACGUUUCACAUGCCUUUCCCAACUCGGAAGCCAUGGUGGUAAACCUAGACUCUGUAGAAGGCGAAGCCCCUAAAAAGAAAUUCAUUAUCAAAGGUAUUCAACCAAGACAGUUUGCCGUGAAUAUAGAUAUCGGAAACUACGAUGCCUUGAAACCCAUUCCUGUUUCCUCUGUGAAUCCAGAGGAGAACUAUAAAUUACCUAUUGGACACAUAGACAUGGAGAAGUUUGCUCACACCAUCAACAGAGUCUCUGAAGAGAUCUUGUCUGAAGGUUCAAGAGUCAGCCGUAGCCUGGAAGCCGUCAACCUGAUCAACUUGUCCAGUUAUGACUUGUUGGACUAUAUAAUCAAUGAAGUUUUGGAAUCAAAGGAGAACUCAAUCGAAGAGAAUACCUUCAGAUUGUACAACAGUCAUUGGCUUCCUGACUUAGUAUAUGCAAACCCUUCAUUGCUUGAAAAUGGUUUGAUCAACAGCAGCUGGUUGAAGUACUUGAUUUAA